AACUUUACUCGGCCGACACGCGCUACAUAGCACUAGAGAUCGCUUCACAGAGCUCGCGUUUUUAGACCUAAAGUUGAAUUUAAAGUUGGCAACGGCGCGAUGUCCAAUGGAUUACAGGAAGAUCGCGCGUAAUCGCGUGGAUAUCCAGUGAUCACUGCGGCUGCGCUCUUCGCCGAGUCAGACACAAUGCCUAGCCGUCAAAAGAAAAUAAUAUUCUCUGUGGCUGGCGUGCUUUGCUUCGGCUGUGUCCUGGUCGUGGCCGCCGCGAUGGGGACGCGGUUCUGGGUUCGAGCGACGGUUCUGUGUAAGACGGGCGCGCAGAUCGUGAACGCGUCCGGAGCAGAGCUGGACAAAUUCAUCGGAACGACGAACUACGGACUUUUCCACGGCCAGGGCAUGAAACAGUGUGGUCUGGGAGACAGACCCUUUUAUUUCUCUUUUUUCCCUGACCUGAUGGACGUGGGCCUGGCCGGUCUCCACGUGAGCGUGAUCUUCUUCUGCUCGGUGCUCAUCGUCUUCUCCUCGGUGUCCUGCGUCUUCUUCUUUUACAAUGCUUUCGGAAGUCCGUACGAGACCCUGCACGGACCUCAGGGCCUUUACCUCUGGAACAUGAUAAGCUGUUUCUGCUCCUGCAUGGUCCUCAUCCUGUUCUCUUCAGAGGUCAAGCUGCACCACCUGACCGAGAUCAUCUUCAACUUCAACGAGGCCAGCUUCGUCUACAAGACGCAAAGCGAGAGGUACGACAGGUCCUUCUGGCUCGUCUUCCUCACCUUCCUCACGCACGGCCUCGGCGUCCUGCUGAUCCGCCUGGCCGGGAUCCAGUUCCCCUUUCAGGAGGCCAAAGAGUCGGAUGCGAGCACAGGAGCGGCGGACCUCAUGUACUGAGCGGCCCUUUUGUUCUGCUUCCUCCCCUGCACGCGACAUCCUACCGCGGCGACUAGCUCUCCUCAAUAGGAGUCUUGCGAACGGCGGCAUCCGUUUUGUUCGCGACCGAACGCAUCCGAGCCUCUUAAGCCAUUGAGAGCAUGAACUUGGAGAUGCCCGCGUGUCUUAUCUCGCAGCGGGGAGGCAUUCAUUCCGUCAGUCACGCAGACAAUUAGCGCUCAGCGUUUCAAGCGGCUGAUGAAAACACCCCGUAGUUUCCAGGCUGGCUGGGGACAUGACGGUUUCCUUCGGUUGCAGAUCUUUUAUAAUCACAAAGGGACCCCACAAAACUGUUUUGACCCUUAAAUAUGUAUGAAUGUCUUCCCGUUACGUAACAAAAUGGCAAACCGGGCGCCACUUGUUUUAAAAAUAACACAGGUAGACUUUUUAAUAGACACUACAUCCAUUCAAUUCACUCACUUCAACUCAACCAGAUAAAAAUCAUAAAAAAAAUGUUCUUAUUACUUAAAAUGAAAUCAUUAAAUAAGAUAUCUGUUUAGUGCAUUACAUAAAAAAACUAAAAUGAAUUAAUAAUAAUAUUAAUUCAUUACAAAAACGCUACAAAUUUACUAAAAAAAACAAAAAAUCUAAUAAAAAAUCAGUAAUAGUAAAAUGACGCUGAUUCUGAGUUACAGCCUAGCAUUCAUCCAUUUUAAUUUUUUCUUAUUAGGGCCGCUGUAUAGUUAUUUUCAAAUUUCCGUUUUUGUAUUUAAAUGAAACAUGUAUGGACAUACAUAAAGAAAUAUAAUAAAUGUAUCUAAUUUCAUCAUUCAGGCACAUGGCUUUAGGAUACCAGACACUUAUUUGUUUAUUAAGGAUCUGAUGUUAUCAUGAGCUUUUACUAAUGUUGCAUCAUUUCAUUGUAAAUGCUCUCUAUUUGUCUCCCGUGUGUUAAGACGCUCACGUUGUGCCAA